AUGCCGAAGGAGGCUGUUGUUGCGCCGUUGGAAGGCAGCCGAGGCGUCAACGCGCUGGCACAGCAGGGACCUUCUCCAAAUCACUCGCCGACACCCUGCCAGCAUUCAGCGCUCAACACCCGGGCUCGCGAAUGGUGGGCACGCCAUCAAGCGUCCCACGGUCGGAAAGCCGCUGACGAUGGUGGCCUGCAAGUACCCUCGAGUUGGCCGAAACAUGUAGUCUUUAUUACGCAGAGCCUGGUAGCUCCUUCGGUCCCGGACUCGGUGGCCCGAAGAUAUGUGCUCUCACCCUCGGCAACGGCUGUUCUACCGCAAAGCGAUGACACGAUGGCCGGUCCGAGCAAGCAUAACGAUCUGCCGCGAGCAACACACAACGACGGUCGACCAGAGACACUCUACACCACGUCCGUCCAGCACCAAGUGCCAGUGGUGAUUCAUCCGAUAGAUAAAGGCACUCCCUGGUGUCCAGAAUCUUUCCACUCCACCAGCCGCAACCUGAGCUGCCAUCCUGCUGCUGGAUCCUUUGGUCUGUUCGCAGCAGAGGAUAUCGCGCCCAACACGUUUAUCCGACCCUACCUCGGUGUGCUGCACACCAAAGCGGAUGCGGAUUUCUACUCGACCUACGAUCUGAGCCUCUGUCACGAUUCGAGGCUUUGCUCAACCGCCAACCCAUCACAGUCGGACACCUCCGACAGCCUUGCAAACCAGAUUGAGACGCUAUCUCUGGACCAUGACGGCGACCCGGCCGAGCAGGACCUAACAGCACUGUACCUCGACAGCCGUUAUUGGGGCAACGAAUCUCGCUUUGUCAACGACUAUCGCGGCAUUGCAGCCAAGCCAAACGUCGAGUUUCGAUCUUUCCUCCAGCACUGCCAAGAGGAUGGCGAGCCACGCUUUCAAAUGGGCUUGUUUGCAACGGGACCCAUUCGCAAAGGUCAAGAGCUGCUCAUCAACUACGGCAAGAGCUUCUGGGUUCAUUACGAGCAACUCCACGAGCUGAAAAGCAUGUCAGACGUGAAAUCUGCGCCUUCGGCGAAACGCGAACAAAGCACGGCUGGCAAACCAGAGGUAAAAUUAGAUCCUAUCCAGGCCAUGCUACAGAGAAGUCGAUUGCGCGUUGCUAAAGCAGCCAUCUCCAGACCACCUCAUCAACCACAUUCACGCUCGUGA